GCGAUAGUACAUUCGUUGUUUUGAUUUCCGGUCACACCACACGUAGCCUGUUAUUGGACACCCUGUUCCCAUUUCGCUGACCCCAACUUACGCAGUCCUCCUUGAAACACCUCACAAGCCUGGAAAGGGGCUGUUCGAAGUUUUUACGUGCAUUAAAAAGGGAAUUGUAUGAGUCAGAAAAUAGAAAAGCCAGUGCUGUCAGGUCAACGCAUAAAGACCAGAAAAAGAGAUGAAAGAGAGAAGUACGACCCGACCGGGUUUCGAGAUGCGAUUCUUCUUGGAUUGGAAAAGGCUGAUAAUGACUUAGAGGCCAUUUCCAAGUAUUUGGAUGUGGCUGGUUCAAAGCUGGACUACCGCCGGUAUGGAGAGGCACUUUUCGACAUUUUAAUUGCUGGUGGCCUCUUGGUACCAGGAGGCACCAUUGCGCAAGAUGGGGACAAACCGGUUAAAACCACCGCUUGCGUAUUUGAACAACCCGAAGAUAUGGAGAGCAUGAAAAACUUCGAACAGGUUUUCAUUAAACUGACCCGACGCUACAAAUAUUUGGAAAAAAUGUUCGAAGAAGAGAUGAAGAAGGUGUUGGUUUUCAUGAAGGGAUUUACAGCAAUGGAAAGGGUGAAACUAGCCCGAAUGACUGCACUCUGGAUCUCGAACGGUGCCUGUCCACCAACAGUACUUUCUGUAUUAAUCAACGAACAUCUCGUCAAAGACAACUUGGCUCUCGACUUUUUGAUGGAAGUUUGUGUUACUUGGAAACAGGAAAAAGGAUUGCCUAGCUUGAUGACUGCCCUUAAGCGUGGAGGCAUUGAAGGAAGGUUGAUGGAAUUUGUUCCACCAAAUAAAAGGACGGAAGAACACUUUAGAUCAGCCUUUGAAGCAGCAGGUUUAGCUGAUAUUGUCAAGUUACACAAGGCGCAGGCCAGCCAAGAAGCAAAGCGUGAUUUACAGCAACUUUUACUCGACGAUUUGGCUGACAAUCGACCAAUCAAGGACAUUGUAAUUGACCUCAAAGACAUGGCAGUAAAGAGCUGCAUCCCUGAACAUGAAGUCAUCGGAUUGAUUUGGGGAGUAGUGAUGGGUCAAGCCGAAUGGAAUAAGAAAGAAGAACUUGUUGCCGAACAAGCGCUGAAACAUUUGAAGACCUACACACCGCUGUUCGGUGCAUUCACAUCCACUGCCAGAUCUGAACUAGCUUUGCUACUAAAGGUUCAAGAGUUUUGCUACGAGAACAUGAACUUUAUGAAAGUCUUCCAAAAGAUCGUCUUGCUUUUCUACAAAACGGAUGUAGUGUCGGAAGAAGUGAUCUUGAAGUGGUUCAAGGAGGGUCACUCAGUUAAAGGAAAGAUGCUGUUUUUGGACCAAAUGAAAAAAUUCAUCGAGUGGCUGCAAAGUGCCGAAGAAGAGUCAGAAUCUGGAGAAGAGGAAGAUUAAAGUGAUUGAAGAUAAAUUGAAACAUCAUUGCAAGAAAACAGCACGUCAGUAUUCUGUUCAACACUUGAAACACUUCGGUGAAGAUGAACUAAUCGGUGACGGGAAUUUUUUUUUUACGUAAAAAUUGGCGGUAAAAAAUCACCGCAACAGUGCGUCAAAACAAAGGAAUAAACUGUUGAUACUAGAAAA